AUGAGAAUUAUCAACAAGAGACGUAAGAACAAGAGACGUAAGAACAAGAGACGUAAGAACAAGAGACGUAAGAACAAGAGACGUAAGAACAAGAGACGUAAGAACAAGAGACGUAAGAACAAGAGACGUAAGAACAAGAGACGUAAGAACAAGAGACGUAAGAACAAGAGACGUAAGAACAAGAGACGUAAGAACAAGAGACGUAAGAACAAGAGACGUAAGAACAAGAGACGUAAGAACAAGAGACGUAAGAACAAGAGACGUAAGAACAAGAGACGUAAGAACAAGAGACGUAAGAACAAGAGACGUAAGAACAAGAGACGUAAGAACAAGAGACGUAAGAACAAGAGACGUAAGAACAAGAGACGUAAGAACAAGAGACGUAAGAACAAGAGACGUAAGAACAAGAGACGUAAGAACAAGAGACGUAAGAACAAGAGACGUAAGAACAAGAGACGUAAGAACAAGAGACGUAAGAACAAGAGACGUAAGAACAAGAGACGUAAGAACAAGAGACGUAAGAACAAGAGACGUAAGAACAAGAGACGUAAGAACAAGAGACGUAAGAACAAGAGACGUAAGAACAAGAGACGUAAGAACAAGAGACGUAAGAACAAGAGACGUAAGAACAAGAGACGUAAGAACAAGAGACGUAAGAACAAGAGACGUAAGAACAAGAGACGUAAGAACAAGAGACGUAAGAACAAGAGACGUAAGAACAAGAGACGUAAGAACAAGAGACGUAAGAACAAGAGACGUAAGAACAAGAGACGUAAGAACAAGAGACGUAAGAACAAGAGACGUAAGAACAAGAGACGUAAGAACAAGAGACGUAAGAACAAGAGACGUAAGAACAAGAGACGUAAGAACAAGAGACGUAAGAACAAGAGACGUAAGAACAAGAGACGUAAGAACAAGAGACGUAAGAACAAGAGACGUAAGAACAAGAGACGUAAGAACAAGAGACGUAAGAACAAGAGACGUAAGAACAAGAGACGUAAGAACAAGAGACGUAAGAACAAGAGACGUAAGAACAAGAGACGUAAGAACAAGAGACGUAAGAACAAGAGACGUAAGAACAAGAGACGUAAGAACAAGAGACGUAAGAACAAGAGACGUAAGAACAAGAGACGUAAGAACAAGAGACGUAAGAACAAGAGACGUAAGAACAAGAGACGUAAGAACAAGAGACGUAAGAACAAGAGACGUAAGAACAAGAGACGUAAGAACAAGAGACGUAAGAACAAGAGACGUAAGAACAAGAGACGUAAGAACAAGAGACGUAAGAACAAGAGACGUAAGAACAAGAGACGUAAGAACAAGAGACGUAAGAACAAGAGACGUAAGAACAAGAGACGUAAGAACAAGAGACGUAAGAACAAGAGACGUAAGAACAAGAGACGUAAGAACAAGAGACGUAAGAACAAGAGACGUAAGAACAAGAGACGUAAGAACAAGAGACGUAAGAACAAGAGACGUAAGAACAAGAGACGUAAGAACAAGAGACGUAAGAACAAGAGACGUAAGAACAAGAGACGUAAGAACAAGAGACGUAAGAACAAGAGACGUAAGAACAAGAGACGUAAGAACAAGAGACGUAAGAACAAGAGACGUAAGAACAAGAGACGUAAGAACAAGAGACGUAAGAACAAGAGACGUAAGAACAAGAGACGUAAGAACAAGAGACGUAAGAACAAGAGACGUAAGAACAAGAGACGUAAGAACAAGAGACGUAAGAACAAGAGACGUAAGAACAAGAGACGUAAGAACAAGAGACGUAAGAACAAGAGACGUAAGAACAAGAGACGUAAGAACAAGAGACGUAAGAACAAGAGACGUAAGAACAAGAGACGUAAGAACAAGAGACGUAAGAACAAGAGACGUAAGAACAAGAGACGUAAGAACAAGAGACCCAGUGAUUCAGGUCCAGCCAAAAUCUUAAUAUGUGAGGAUCACACACAGUUCACUGAAGAGAAAGAUCUUCCCAUUAUAAAUGAGGAAUUUUAUAUGGCACCAAGUUAUUUAACAGCCCAGCAUGUUAUCAGUAUCUCAGUCUCACUGAGGAUAUAA